UGGUUGCGGCUGGUGUGGCGUCAUAUUCUGGGGCAAGUAGUGUUGUCCUUGGCGACUUCUAUCUUCCUGUGGCGUCGUCCGUGUUACGUUUCGCGGCGUUUCCUUGGUCUUUUAGCAGCAUUUCUCUUCGCGUUUCGGGAGUAUCAUCGUUUCACGCUUUGUGUAACAUGGCGGCGUGGCAAUCCUUUCGUGACCGUCUUGUCUUGUCUCGCGGCACGUUAUAUGGUGGUUUAUCACGUCGUGGCGUUUCAUCUAGCAUGUUGUACGGUGGCGUCCCGUGUUGCGGCGUCAUUACAUCAUGUUGUACGGCGUUCUGUGGCGGUGCAGCAUUUCGUGUAGUGGCGUUCUGUCGUUUAGCAUUCUUGCGGCGUGUUUGGCAAUAUCUCAUUGCGGCAUCAUCCGUCGAUGCUGCGGCGUUACGUUGCGGCGGCAUCCGGCGCAUACAGUGGCAUCCCAUCGGUGCAGUGGCAUCCGGCACUUGUCUUUACGUUCCAUGGUGCUGCGGCGACCUCUUGUCCCGGCAGCAUCCGGAGCUUCUUGCGGCAUCUUUAUGGUGUCGUGGCGUCCUUGUGCUACGGUGUUCUAGCGGUACGGUGGUAUCCUUGCGCUAUGUUGGUGUCCCUGCGUUACGUUGGCAUCUUGCUCCGUACUAUGUUUCGCUAUCGUAUGAUGCCAUGAGCUGUUUAUCUUCAUUCUGGGAGCAAAUAUUUGAUUCUUGUCCUGGUUACCUUUGUGAUGUCAAGGCAGCCUUCCUUGUAUAG